AUGUUUCAGAGCUGUCUGCUGUGCUCAAGAUCUAUGGAUGUUGCGGAUGAGACCAUGCCAGAUGCUUCAUCACAGAUGGAAGGCGCUCGAAAGGUCGUACUGCAAGCUCGCGAGCUUGAGGCUCAGCUGGAGACUUCGGAGAAUGAGCAAUUGCGUCAAUCGGCGAGGAUGGCCAUACGGGAUGCCCGGGAAUCUGCAGAGGCCACCCUGGCGAGCCUUCGAGAGGCGUGGAGCUCCCUGUCGGAGCAAGAAAUACAAUGCGCGGUACGGCCGGGGUCGCUGCGUUUCGCUCGGGACAUGAAGCACAAGUUGCAGCAUUCAUCUCCAUGCAUCGAGAAGUUGAUGCUGCCGCCUGCGCCGCCGGAGGACUGCGAGGUGGAGGACCCAUGGUGCCGCGAUCGCGCCGAAGACCAGUGCUUGUCGCACGCGAUGUGUUUGGAGGCUGCGAAAGAAACAGAGGAUGCAGAUAUCGUAACCGCCUUGUCUGAUGCGGAGAGGCCAGUUUGUGCUGAGGCUUGGGACUCUGCUCUUACCAUCCACGCGCCUGAUUUCCGUCGCCUUCUCACCUCCUACAUCGACUUGAGCGGUGCUCACUACGACCAAGAUCCUCACGGACAAAGUCGAAGAAUUCUCGUCGUGGCCACAAUCGUGCUGAUGGUUGACAGGGAUGCUUGCACCCAGUUCCCUCUCUUGAAAGAGCAUGCUUUGGGAAUAGACAUGAACAUGCUGCACGUCAUCCUCGCUCCUCAUCUGCAGCUCGGUAGCCAUGGGAGACCAUCGUUUUAUGCGGGUAGCAUAGCCGUACGUUCUUCCAUGCUCGAUCCAACGACAGCACGCAGGCAUGAACGGAAGAUCCUCCUCUCCUUGGAGGCCUAUGCUCAUCAGCGCGACUCCGCUGCCACCUGCCCAAGCACAGCUGACCCGUGUGUUGCAGACAAGAGCUUUGGGGUGAAGUUUGCAAAAAGCAACCUGCAGAUGCAGGGUGUCCGAGUGAGGAUCCAGCAGGAGUGCAAAGGAAACCAAGCGAGGAAGAAGGAGGAGAUCGAAGCAGCCGUAAAGCGGCACUCCGACUUGUGCAGCCGUGCAGAGGAGCAGGCUGCUUUCGUCGGUUUCGCGUGCGUUUUACAGAGUUGCAAGUUCGUGCACCUUUUAGCUCAAAGUUCGCAAGGUCGCAAUGCAUACGGUGGCACCUAUGAGAGGCACUCGCCCUCGUGUUGGAAAUGCGAGAAGCAUCGGGUAGCAAAACAGUAUCGGUCGCAGGCCGAUCAGAUAAGCAUCGCCUUCUAUGAAAAGCUUUUGCCAGAAGAUCAGAACGAACAGCAUGCAGUUGUUUUCGAGCUGCAGCAGCCCGACCUCCUUGCAUUGCAGCGGGACGCAACUCUACUCUUUGCUCGCGAGAUCGGUUGCCCGAAAGAAUUCUAUUGUGGCCGGAAGCAAGCUUUGUGGAACGAGGAUCCGUGCCUGCAGAAGUGGCGAGCCUUGGAGGCUGUGGAUUUCUCGCUGGGUUCCACUCGGAAGAAGUUCUGUCAGACACAUUAUCGGCAGGCACAUGUGCUUUCGCAUCCCAGCUUUGUCGUUCCACAUGGGUACAACUGCUUGUUGGCCGGUGACAAGCCCGAUGAGAAUGGCCACGACCUCGUCAGUGCUACUCUUGAAUGGGAUGUGGAGCCGUUGGUCAAGCUUGUGACAGAUGAUGUGCGGUACCAGGUGCUUGACAAGCAUGUAUCCAGUUGGAAGCGCAACGAGAACCAGGUUAUUGCGCUGAAGUCAGAGGCACAUGUUGACAUAUCCUUGCUGGAGUUCGAGACAUUCGGAGGCUUACGCAGUGGGCUGCAACUGCAAAUUCCUCGGCUGAUGUGCGCAGUUGCGCAGCACAGCCUUACCUUCUACCGUCUGGGGGUCUUGAACAUGGUCAAGGCAUUGCUAUGGCAAGUUGGCCCGCCUCUGAUAGACUCACAGGAAUGGCCAAGCGAUAGGCCUUCGUCUGAUCCAGAGCCUCCAGUUCUGCGCGAGGCCGCUCGCUGUUUGGUCGAGGAUGGACUCGUUUUGAAGCUUUGUGAGCAGAUUGGUUCUUUGCUUGAUCGGUCAAGGGAGAAUUGGACACAGAAUGGGACAUUGCUCUUUGUUGUACAUGUUGCCAGAUUCUUGGCUGAGCAUUCUCGAAAGGGAGUUCGCACAGAAGCCCACAACGUCUUGCUCACUGCACGCCGUACUGGUAUUGAUUGGCUGAAGCGUCUUCGAAGAGUUGUGCAAGAGACAACUGACAUCGCGGCAGUCGCAGAUCUCCGAGACAAGAUCGUGGACGUUUCUGCAACCACAACACUGACAUUCGUUCCUGAACCUUGCGUUGGCGGGCAGCUUCCUGCUUGCAUGUCGGCGGAUGCGUUCGUUGAUUGGCUACGAGUUCGGGCUGCGUGCUUUGAUAAUAUCCUUCUGGGACGAUCGCAAGAGAAGAGCAUGCCCCGAGAACGCCGGCUGCUCCUUCGGCAUGCCAUGUGCGUAGCCCUCAGCAUCGAGCGCGACAUCCACGGCAUGUCUCCCCCCACACGCCUGACAGAAUUCUCGCGAGAGCACUGGGGUGGAGGGAGGGAUGGAACUUAUGGGGUGUGGACGCGGUGUCCUGCACCUGCAGGUCGUUGGUACAAGGUCCACUUUCAGUUGCAGCCAGGGGUUGGCCGCUGCACUCUUCAUGUGGAUAUCUUGCGUGGCUCUUUCCUCGUCAAUGGCAAUCCGGUGGGGCGCUUGCCGCAGAAGAUCACGGACAGUGAGACUUAUUGUCGACUCUUUGGCCGCAACAUCUUCGAGGUCCAGCCCGCUCCAGAUGGAGGCUAUACAACAGGUCUCCUGGACUCGGUUUACUUCGGUUUUGUUCUCCACCCGGAUGGCGAAGUGUCGGUGACAGAGAAGAGAUAUUGCACUCCUGCCAAUUCUCCCUCUGAGGAUGGCACGGAGGAAGAGACUGAGUCCUGGCAGAAAGCCGUGCUGGUUCCACACGAAGCCUUCAAGGGCGAUGUCCCUGCUGACUUGAUCAACAAGUAUAGCCACUGGCUGGUCAAGGAGCCAUCGCCUGCCAUCUAUUUCCGACCCACACACUUCCAGGAGCCAAAGUUUGCAUUGGGCUGUUCGGAGACGGGCUCCGAUUUUGUGUUGGACCUGGAACAGAAGCGGAUCAAGGACACGGAGUCAAGCUUGUACUUGAUCGACAUUUGCAGCGUGACCUUUGGAGAGCUGUUCAAGGUCUUUGGACGAGUAGCACCGCGAGAUCGGGUCCACGUCUUUGCCUGUGACCCACGGCCGCUGGUCUUCCUUCCAGCUCUGCAAAUGCGCUUCCACGUGGAGAAGACGACGGGCAGGAUCGAGAGCCACGAGCUGGGUGGCUAUGUGGCCUCCAACCAGAAUCUUGGAACCCUUAUCGGCUUGGAGCAUGGUUUGCUUCUGGAGACGAACCAGACGAACCAUGAACAGGUUGAGCAGAUGCUCUUGUUGCCUCAUGCCAAGGCUUCUCGUACACCCGAUGCAAGGCACUGCACAGUUUCUCUGAAUCUGAAAAAACUUCGUUCUCCGCCUUUCUUUGUGUACACCCUGCGGCCUCAGUUGUGUGAGCUCCGCGGCCAGAGAGAUCGAUUGCCUUGGAUCUACCUGGCGAAGCUUCAUGCGCUGACCUCCUACGUGUUGCCGGAUCCAUUCCUGCAACGCACCGGCACGGCAGCAGCCCUCUCUUUGCUUCGUUCCGCAAGGUGCCGUGGCAACCUGCGCAACAGCCUCGAUGAGAAGAUCGACCUUGGCAGAGUGGAGAAGACCUUCCUGGAGAUCGCAGAGGUCUCAGCCACACGCUCGUUCUAUCCGGACCAUCUGCAGGUUAUGGAAGUGGUCGACUUUCAUGGGAUGCCAGGCUUGUGUGCCCACGAAGGUUUUGCUUUUCUCGCUCGUGACGCCCUCAUAGAGGUGCUGGAGCAGUGCAAACUCACAGGGGAGCAGGCAAGCAAAAAGCUGGAGAAAGCAGUUGAAGAGAUGCAGGACAGAUGCAGCGCGCUGACUCAACGGGCCUACUUGCGCAGCCGGGAGGUCCUCGGCUUGCCUGGGCGUUUACAGCCGGAAGAGGAAGAUGCGGCUCUGCAGGGACCCUGGCGGCCCUGGGCUCCAGCCGAGUGGCAAGAGGAAGAGCACGACAGAGCUUCGUUGCGACAAGUUGCGCUGGUAUGUUUAAGCCACUAUCCUGUGUCCCCAGCAGUUUCGCUGCAAGAUUUCCUACGCUCGUCGGAAGACUUGAAGGGCUACUCCCACGUCGAGCUGGAGGCUGGCAGUCUAGUUGAAUGGUACCAGAUCGGACAGAAUUGCGAGAACAUGAGGCUCUGUUGGAUUGCAUUGUACCAAGCUGCCCUUCGCUCUGAGAACAGACGUCGCUUUGACUUCUUCUUGGCUUACUUGGCACGGCAAUGGCCCCAGCAUGUGGUGCAUUUGCAAGUCCUCUCGACCAUUGCCAUUCACCAGGAGACCUUCUCGGGCAUAGAGUUGCCACCGCAUCAGUUGUAUAAGCAUCCGGACGAGCACCAGCUCAACAGGCAAACAGUCCGAUGCAUAAUCAAGGCAGGCCAGAAGCAGUUUGAUGAAGAAGAGCCAUACUUCAGGGACCCCGUAGAGCAGGAGAGAGCUUCGAGGGAGCACCAACAACGCCGCAGUCAGUUUCAGCGCGACAGCUUACAAGACCUAUCGCUCAUCGAAGGUGACACGCACCGGAAGUGGGUGCACGGGGGUGAGAUGCAGCGGUUUUCGUGUGCAAAAGGCACGAUCGAGAACCCCGAACUUCUGGCCAAACAGAUCAAUGCCUACCUGAUCAGAUGCAGGCAGGCUUUGGAUCUGCGAAACUUCUUGGAGCACGUGGAGACGAAGCUCCAAAAGCUGAAGGAGGACGGCGAGGUCCACGAGGAGCUCCCAGAAGAGUGGGAUGUCACUUUUCCUCGUGCACUCGCACCUCGAACUCCUCGAGAGUCCGUGUGGCUAUCCGAGCCCACAGAGGUGGAGGUUGUCAAAAGCGCGACUUUGGACAGGCUGUGGGAGACGGGCCAAUUCCGAAAGCCAGUCGUCCUGGAUGGCACGUCUCGUAAAACCCGCGCUCCCACCUUGCAGCUGUCUCCAGACGAGGAGACUGACCUCUUGCUCAACUCAGAGCAUGCCAUGAUCAACAAGCAGUUGCUGGAUCCGUUGCGCGAGAGCUGGGAGCUGGCCCACACGAAGCAGCCGCCACAGCAGCAACCCACCCAGCGCGAUUUGCAAACAUACCUUCACCAGGUGAAGACUGAGCGAGCGUUUGCUUGGGAUUGCAUUUGCAGAUCGCUCGAGGGACAAGGCGAAUGGGAUGAUUUGCUUCGCCAGUGUGGCCUGCACGACAUUCCCGUACCGCUUAGUGCGCUGCCCCGUUUGCUGCAGACCACAAAUCCCCAGCUACGAAGAGUUAUUGGAGCCUACGCAGUCUGCCUGCGUGCAGAGCAGCGCACCUUGCGUUGCCUGCGCCUGGCGGCCGGGGGAGAGAUGAGCUCUUGGCUUUCGAGGGAGCUUCAUCCGUCCAGCGUUGGCUGCACGAACUGGAAGCCGACGGAGCACCCGGAGUGGUUGCUCUUGGAGGUCGACAAUGAGCUCUGCAUUCGGGAAGAGCAGGUGGCUGUGGCCAAAAGCAUGAUGUUGGAGGGUACAGAGAAUCCAGAAGAUAGGCAGAGCCGUCUUAUGCAAUUGAACAUGGGCGAAGGAAAGACAUCCGUCAUCGUCCCCCUUUUGAUUGCAUCUUUGGCCGACGGGAACAGUCUUUUGCGCGUCACGGUUCUAUCCUCCUUGCGGCACAGCAAUGCAACGGAAUGGCAGCACAAGCUCGGUGGUCUUUUGGGGCAUCGGCUGUAUCCUAUGUUCUGCCGCCGGGAUCUGAAGCUGGAGGAGAUCGAGGCGCAGAGCCUCCACUGCUUUCUGGACCGUGUCCGACUCGGAAGGGAUGUCAUCGUGACGGUGCCCGAGCAUCGGCUCUCUUUCGAGAACAAGGCCCUCGAGCUGGCCUACAGAUCUGACGACAAGAAGAUGCAGACGAGCCAGGCUCUGCAUUCCGGCCUCGACUUUCUGAAGAUGCAUGUGAGGGAUGUCUUGGACGAGUCCGACGAGAUCUUGCAUGCGAAGUACCAGCUGAUCUAUACACUCGGCAAUCCUGGGGAGCUUGAUGGUGGACAGCUUCGAUGGCGGGUGGCCUCUUGUGUGCUUGCUUCUGUGGCUCGCAGGGCUGAAGGCUUGGCCGAGACGUUUGGAAAGAAGGCGGUGGAGUUUGUUCCGGGCACUCCGGACUUUCAAUAUCCCACCGUCCGCUUGCUGGACCAUGACAGCAGCAAGGCCGCUUACGAACAGCUUUGCCGGUGGAUCGUGGAGGAUGUGUUCGGAUCGGGGCAGUCGAGCCUUUCCCUGCGCAUUUGUGGAGAGGAAGAAAGGCAGGCCUUCAAGGAAUGUGCUCUCGAAGUGUGUUCGGAGCACAAGCCAUGGACCAAACUGCAUGAAAGCGUGCAGCCAGUCGCUUAUGUCCUACGUGGGCUGCUUUGCCACAAGGUCCUUCGACUUGCUCUCGGCAAGCGAUGGAGAGUUGAGUUUGGGGCGCAGCCUUCAGGUCGCUGCCGUAUGGCCGUACCAUACAGGGCCAAGGAUGUGGCUGCUGAGCGCACGGAGUUCGGACACCCAGAUGUGGCCAUCAUGCUUACGUUGGUGACGUAUUACAGGGGUGGGCUGGACAAGGAAGCGAUGGAAGAAGUCUUCAGACGCCUUCAUCAGAAGAACGAGCGUCAGGCAGCCGCGACUUACAGGCAGUGGACUUGUCAGAUGGGAGCCUCAAUGCCCACGGAACUGUGUGAGUGGUCUGGAGUAAACCUGGAUGACAGGGAGACCUUGCAUAAGAAAGUCUUCCCGGCUCUUAGACGCCACCGCGCCGUGGUCGACUUUUGGUUGGGGGAGAUUGUUUUCCCCAAAGAGGCCAAGCAGUUUCCACAGAAGCUGGUUGCAACACCGUGGGAUUUGUGUCCUGUGGGCCGUAUCACCACUGGCUUUUCUGGGACGGACGAUGCCAGACCGCUGCUUCCGACAACCAUCCAGCAGUCGAAUCUCCAAGAGCUGGCGCACACGAACGGGCUUGUCCUGCGAAACCUGAUGCGGAAGGAGAACCAAAGCUACCGGAAGCUUCCACACGAUGCGGGAGGACGCGAGAUCUUGGAAGAAUUGAUCUCCGACCCCGAUGUGAAUGUCUUGCUAGAUGCUGGAGCGCUGGUCAUAGACAAGUCGAACCAAGAGCUGGCAGAGGGAUGGCUCAAAACACGUCGCGGUCGCGGACUCCGCGACAAGGAGGCGGCUAUUUUCUUCGAUGCCAAUAACACUGCUUCCGUCGUGAAUGAAUUUGGGAAGGUGAUGUCCUUGGCAGUCUCGCCCUACGAGCGAUCCCUGGACAAGUGCCUCCUAUACUUGGAUGAUGUGCACUGCCGUGGAUGUGAUUUCCGCAUGCCAAGAGCCAGCAGAGCCGUUGUCACACUAGGACGUGGUAUGCAGAAGGAUAAGCUCGUGCAAGCUUGCAUGAGAAUGCGUUUGUUGGGCAAUGGGCAUGCCGUCGCUUUCCUGGCAUCCUUCGAGGUGGACCUCCAAGUCCAGACAUACCUACGCAAGCCAGAGCUUCAGGACGCUCCCAUCGUCGCCUCCGUCCUGUCCUGGUGUCUCACGAACACUGCGAAGGCCAUCGCAGAAAAGCUGCCGUACUGGGCCAGCCAGGGAGCUGCCCGUAUCCGCAAGGAGGCCGCGUACGCAGCACAUGCCAACCUUGGCUUGGAGGAGCUUCCCAAGGUGGCUGGCGCCUGUGCAGAGGACGAAGUUCUGCUGCUGCGGAUCAUGUACGGCCAUGCUCGUGCACAAGCGACUCUCCCUCAGAUCGUCAAGGAGGUGUUGCAGCGUGUUGCAAAUGCCGUGAAUCCACUCGGCAAGUCUCCCGACGGCAUUCGCUUGAGACGGCUACAGACCGAGAUCCAAGCUCGGGUUCAAGCUCUUGCUAGCGAUGUGACGAUGCCAUCAGGGAUGUUGGAUGAAGAGCAGGAGCGCGAGCUCGAAGCCGAGUUGGAGGAGGAACGACAGUUGGAGCGUCCGGGCCCUGCAGACCCCUGCAAACCCCAUGUGUCACCCGGCGUGCGGGGUCUUGCUACCACAGGCCACACGACUCAGCCAUUUUGGUCCAUGGCACAGCUGCUCCAGAGGACAUCCUUCCCUCACAAGGAUUGGGCUUCGGUAGAUGUCAAGGUGACCCCUGACUUCAUUGCAACGGUUGAAAACAGUGGUGUCCUCGACAGCUACCUUCGACCAGCCCUCUGGCUGCUGCAAGGACGCAAGCAGCAGGUCCUGAUCUCCAACUACGAAGCCGAAGCUGUUGCAAGCUGCUUCAGCACAGGCCCGGAGGCGAAGCUCGGGUUGGUGGGCCGGCGCCUUCGUCCCCAUCAGGCGCCGGUCAGCGACGUGCCACUUCCGACCGCCGUCCAUGUCUUCGCCGGCAGCCUCUACGGCAACGCAGAAACGCCGCAGGAUUCAGAGAUCCAGAAGCAGCGCAGCUUCUUGGGAAUCAGUUGGCCCGUCUCCAAGAGUGCAGCCUGGACUGAGUUCUACAACCGCCAGGUGGUGGAGAGGGAUGGCUUUGUAGCGCCCGUCAAUCGGGCUCGAGUCUCGGCAGAGGAUCCAUCUCUGACUUUGGAGUCGUCGCCUUUUGCAUCGAGCCCGGUGCGCAUGCUACGACGUUUCCUUGGAGCCCGACACCUGGGUGGAGAGCUCCCUUUUGCACCGAUGGGCAUGCUUUUGUGCACGGACUGUGAUGAUUGA